AUGUCUUGUCCAAAAUUAAAAUAUAAUGAUUUUCAUAAAAAUUGUCUACAAGUGACACCUUUAACUGGAGAUAUAAAUAAUGAUAAAUCUAAAAUAACAAAGAGAACAGCUUUGGAAGGAAAAGAAACGGUGAAAAUAAUAACUAAUGAGGGAAUACAAGAAUUGGUAGUUCCUUCGAAAAAUACAAAUUAUUAUCCUAUAAAAAUCAAAGAUGAAGAAAUGAAUCGUUUGAGAGCGAAUGCUUUAGUAGUGACAGAAAAAGAAAAUUUGAAAAUGAUUGAGAGCGAGAGCGGACAGAUAAGGCUUGAGCAUGAAUGUGCUGCGAGAAAAUUGUCAGCUUUGGAAAAAGAAGCCAGAGACAAAGCUAAUUAUUUACUAAAAAAAGCUUGGGAGCUUCGUCAAGAAGAUGAAGACGAUGUAAAAUACAUGAAUUCCUUAAUUCUUCAAGCCAAAUGCCAAGCUAUAAGAGAUGCUCAAUUACUGGAACAUAAAUUAAUUGAAAGGGAAUUAAAGGAAGAAAACAAGAGAUUGGAACAAAUGAUGGAAGAUAAUAGAACUAGAGAACUUAUGCUAGAGAAAAAAAAACUAGAUGAAGAAAAAGCGAGAAAACAAAGGUAUGUGCAGGAGCUUAAUGAACAAGUGGAAGACUUGGAAGCUCACAGACUAUUAAAUGCAGAACUCAUGAUUGAGGAACAGAAAAAGAAUAAUGAAGCAAUGUUUGCAAUAAUGCUUGAAGAAUUUGAAAAUUUAAAAAAAAAAGAUGAGGAAAAGAGACAAUUACGAGAAUGUUUAAAUAUGGCAAAUGAGCAAAUGAAAAAAACAAAAGCAUUGGAAAAAGAAGAAGAAAGGUUGCAAGAUUUAAAAAUUAAAGAAUACAUGAGAUUGAAAGCAGAAAGGGAAGAAAAAUUUGAAAAAGAAAAAGAACAAAUAAAAAGAGCAAAAGAAUUUGAAUACACUCGCCAAACGGGACGUCAAAUGCAAGCAGAAGAUUUACAAGCUCAACAAGAUGCUAUAAAUGCAAUAAGAAGACAUGAGGAAUAUGAAAGGGAAUGGCGAAAAAGGGAGAAAGAAGCAGCAUUGAAAAGACGAAAAAUGGAAGAAGAUUGCAAACUGGCAAGAGAUAAACAAAUAAUAGAAAACAGAAGGUUUAAAGCAAUGGAAAUUGUUAGGGAAAAAAGAGAAUUUGAAAAAAAUGUGAGGAUUCAAAUGGAACUUCAAGAAAAAGAAAGACUUUUGGAGAUUAAAAAAAAAUAUGAUUUAGAAAAGUACAGAGAGGAAAUUUUAAGACAAAUUAAUGAAAAGGAAAAAGAGAGAAUAGAUGAACGUAAAGAGAAAUUCCAAGAAGGAGUUGCUUUGAAAGCAGAAGAAGCCAAGAGAAAACAUGAUUUGAAACAAAUAUUUCAGAAAAAAAUGGAAAAUGUCAAGCAAAACAGACUUCCAGAAGUUUAUGUAGCGCAAAUCGAAAGAAAAUUGAAUUUAUUGUAA